CACACCUUGAUCUCAAUCAUUUCUUGAUCGAUUUCAAAGAUUCAACUUCGCAAUAGUGUAUUACAAGUGUACAAUGAUAUGUGGUCAAGCAGAAUAUGAUUUGAAGUAGAGUUGAGUGAGAUGUUGCAAAGUAUCCGAACCAGUGGUCAGUGUCCGAAGUUGUGGUAACUUAUAGAUCUUGAAGAACUUUCGGAUUACACAGGCUGCUGAAGACAUGUUUGUCUUAUCCAUAAUCAAAGAUACCAUUGCAAUUCUGCCAGCAAACUUUGGUGUGCCUCCAGCACAAGCUCUCAUUUCUGAGAUCAACAAAAAAUAUGCCAAUAGAGUCCUUCACGACGUUGGGCUGUGUAUUUGCGCGUUUGACCUGGUAGAAGCGGGCGAAGGCAAAGUACGAUACGGAGAUGGGUGUUUAUGGUAUAAAGUCAGAUUCAGAAUGGUCGUUUUUCGACCAUUCGCGUCGGAAGUAAUCCUUGCUAAAGUGAAGUCAUCAGACGAAGACGGCAUUCGAUUGAGCGUAGGAUUUUUCGACGACAUAUAUGUACCUCUAGCAUAUCUACCGCAACCUUCUGCCUUUGACCCAAACGAGCGUGCUCAUUUCUGGCUACCAGACUCAGAAGCAACAACCUCACACGAGCUUUUGGAGUCUGCAACAGCAGACCGGAUGUAUAUCGACCAGGGAGAAGUAGUACGGGUUCGCAUUGAGGCUGAUGAAUUUUAUGACGACGAACCUGGUCCGCCAAAAGCAUCGGAGGGUAUUGCAGUAAAACGAGAGGCCCGGCGCGCACCAUAUAGCAUGAUUUGCUCUAUCGCAGAACAGGGACUCGGGCCUGUCCCGUGGUGGAAGAGUUCCCAGCCUGAUGGCGAUGUUAUGGACGCGGAAUGAUUUACUUUUCACAUCCUGCCUUCAAUAGUGAUCAGCGGAACCUUUUUAUUCUGCGCUGGAGAUGGUGGACCUCAUGGAAAUCCGCGCUGCUUGACUGCCGCCGUUCAGGUGGUCGUCACAGUUCAAGUGCCUAUCACUGUGAAUCACCGUCGCCAAUUAUUUGAGUAUGCUUGGGCAUGGAUAGGGCAAGAUCAGGGUGUGAAAUGAUGGAAGCAUAUUAAAUAAAAGAUGUGAUACUUCUGGUUCCAGUUCUAGAUGCGUCUAGAUACUGUAGGACUCUAAUGUUCAUGUCCAUGUCUCUGAAUUUGGUUCCGGCGGGCGUAGUACUCUCUCCGUCUU